CCGAAGAGGAUGAGCCGUCCGUAUCAGCUCCGAAUACAACAACACCCUUCCUUUUAACACCCCGCUCGGUCUGAGCACUCCUCGAUCUGCCGCCGCCGCCGCCCCGCAAAUCAACGAUCAAUGCCCGUCCUGCUGAUUCCGCCGUCCCGAGAAAUCAAACAAACCCCAGGCGAACCCCCUACCCUAGGUUGUAUCCUCUUUCCUUAUUCCGAAAUUGUAUUGUAUGCCUUAAUUUCCCCUUUCCGAUCCUUUCGGUUUCUAAUUUUCUAUUCUUGAUUGCGAUGAACCAGAAGGAAUACUAGCAUCCAUAUGAUUUUUGUUGCUAGGUUGUUUCUUUCUUCAGUCUCCAAGUCUCCAGUGAUUCCAGAGCUGCAGUCGAUCGAUGGAGGAUCUUCCAGAACCACUGCUGGCAGAGAUCGUCAAGAGAAUUCCCCGGACAAGCGAUCUGAAUUCCUUUUCACUUGUCUCCAAGCAACUGUACACCAUCGAGGCAGCUGAAAGGGGUGCUAUCCGUGUUGGGUGUGGCCUUUACCCUGCAAGAGAAGUCUUGGCAUCACUGUGCUCCCGGUUCCCCAAUUUGUUUAAAGUGGAAAUUAAUCACUCUGGUUGGACACCUGACCAUGGGAAUCAGUUGGAUAACCAAGGCCUAUUCGAGGUUUCGCAUCGCUGCCCCUUGCUCACUGAUCUCACCUUAAGCUUCUGCUCACACAUAAAUGACUCUGAUCUGGGUUGUCUAGCUUACUGCAAGAAGUUGGUGUCCCUCAGGCUGCACUCUGUACCAAACAUAACUUCAAACGGGCUUCUGUCUGUGGCAGCUGGCUGCAAGACUCUAUCUGGUCUCUACCUUGUUAACUGCGAGAAAAUCGAAAGUGUGGAGUGGCUGGAGUACCUUGGCUUGAAUGGAUCGUUGGAACAACUUGUAGUAAAGAAGUGUGAAGGGAUCAGCAAUUAUGACCUCCUAAAGUUUGGUCCAGGGUGGAGGAAGCUCCAAAAGUUUGAGUUUGAGGCCAAGGGAGGGUUCUGGAGUAGUCCUGAUGCUUAUGAGGGUUUUGACCCCUUGCACAACGCUCACAACCCGAGUAGAUAUGGAUUCUGCUGCGAGAGUUUGAGGGAUCUUAGGUUGGCGUGCUUUGAAACCAACACAGAAGCAGGACUCCGUUUUCUCUUGGGGAAAUGCAAAGCGUUGGAGAAACUGUGCCUGGAGUAUGUUCAUGGCCUAAAUGACAACGACAUGAUCGUCGUAGCCGAGAGCUGCCGUAACCUUAAAAGCAUCUCACUUUGGCUCAAACCUCUGCGCUACGAUCAUGUUUUCAGGACGGCAUUUACUGAUGACAGCCUUAAGGCUCUAGCAGCCAACUGUCCUAUGCUUGAGGCUGUUGAGCUCACGUUUGCAGGUUGCGCUUUCGAGUAUCCGUCAGAGAUAGGCUUCACACAGAAUGGCCUUGUGGAGCUGAUUCAGUCUUGUCCGGUUCGUUUUCUCAUGCUAAAUGGUGCCAACUUUUUUGAUGACGAGGGUAUGAUGGCCCUCUCAACCGCACCAUUCCUGGAGACAAUUGAUCUUGUCGAUUGCCAGGCGGUAACUGAUAAUGGGAUCCGUUUUAUUACGUGUACACCACGCUUGAGAAAUCUCGCACUCAGGCACUGUGAUAAUGUGACAGAUGGUGGAGUGGCUCAAUUUGGACAUGCACAGAAAUUAGAGUCUCUAGUCAUCGAUUGCUGUUGUCGGGUCUCUUCACAAGCAAUUCAGGGGACAGCUAGAUCAGUUCACUACUCGAAUUGUGCAGGCCUUGGCCUUCUAAAAAGAAUGUACGCACUAGAGAUGAAUAAUUGGAUGCAGUAUUUUCAGUAUUAAA